UUUUUUUUUUUCUUCUCUUUAUUCCUUUUAUUUUUCUUCUAAAAAAAAAAUGGUUCACUCCAUCGAAGUAUUUCUACAACCACCUUCACCUACAAUGAAUCCUUCUUAUAAAUUACCUUCAGUGAAGUCACUAUUUCCGGUGUGUAUGGAUGAUGAUUCGAAUUCACAAGAACUUCCGAGCAUACGGUUAACAAAUCAUUCCAGUGAUACACAUUACAACAACAAUGAAAACAACAACAAUAUGCUGAUCGGUAGUCCUAGAUUAAAUACAAUAGAGCCUCGUCCAGAUCUAUCUAUAGCAACUUCACCAUAUCAACAAAGUCCCAUCAUGACCUUUUCUUCUCCUUCUUCCACAACCUCAUCUAUGGUAGGCUCACCCUUGAUAUCACCCAUACAGGAUGGUCCGUUUUUACUUCCUCCUCCCGACAGCAGUUCAUUCCGUCGUUGUCGCUCAGUGUCCAAUGUAUCCAAUGUCUCCAUCACAUCCUCACCGUCAGCAUCACCGUCCUAUCAGUUCACAUUUCGCUCUCUUUCAGAACCACCCAGUUUAAAUCUUCCUCCAUCCUCCACGUCCGGCGACGAAGAAGACACAGCCAUGAAGGACGAGUAUCACCCUAUAUUUGGACCCAAGAGAAAACGUGGUAGACCUCCAAAUGCCUCUCGCCCUGAAAUACAAACAGAUAGCAACUGGACUUUUGUUAAACCAACUGUGUGGGAUGUCAAACAAACUCAUCAAAAGCACAAUAUUGAUUCCAACACGCAUAGCGACAGAUUUACAAAUAACCAUAAUACCCCUCAGUUCUAUACUGAGAAUACUGUCAUGUCAGAUGGGAUAAAUACCUUCACGACCACCAAUAUGGAUAUGGCUCUAAGUAUACCCAAAAAGAAAAGAGGGCGUAAACCAAAGAAACAAUUAGCAGGAAACUCUUGCUUUGUUUGGAGAGAUCUCACUGCGCCACGUGGCGCUAAUAAGAAAUCUUUACUGCCGAAAAACAAAGAUAUCAAGAAGGAUGAUACGAAUGAUGGGAGUCGAAAACUGUUACCUGCUGUUAUAAAACCUUAGCAAUCUCUCUCUCUCUCUCUUUUCACCCUUUCACCCUCCCUCCGGGGACCCCCACCCCUUUUAUUCUCCUAUUAUACAUAAUUUCACUAUAAAUAACAAUUUUUUUUUAUUGGCUUUGUAACACACAUGUAUAUUCAUUUAAAUAUGAAAUCCAACCCUUUUUUAUAUAUAAAUAAAUAACAAAUAAAUCGCUUACUAAAACGUCCCUCCCCCCAUCACCCCUUUGAUGUAAUCACACCCUUAAUAUUAUUAUUUAGAGCUUAAAUCCUAUUUUUAUUUAUUAUCGUCUUUU